AUGGCAUGGUCUAGGGCCAGUAUAAGCCUAUUAGUACGGUACCUUACUGUCGCGCAGGCGGCGAGGAUGCAAUCUUUCCCCUCCGGUCGCCUUCAAUUCCCCCUCCCAUCGGCUUCAAUUCACCCUCUCGUCGCCUCCACUUCCCCCUCCCGUCGCCUCCAAUUCCCCCUACCGUCGCCUCCACUUCCCCCUCCCGUCGCCUCCAAUUCCCCCUACCGUCGCCUCCACUUCCCCCUCCCGUCGCCUCCAAUUCCCCCUCCCGUCGCCUCCACUUCCCCCUCCCAUCGCCACCACUUCCCCCUCCCGUCGUCUCAACCUCCCACUCCCGUCGCCUCAUCUUCCCCCUACCGUCGCCUCCACUUCCCCCUCCCGUCGCCUCCAAUUCCCCCUUCCGUUGCCUCCACUCCCCCCUCCCGUCGCCUCCAAUUCCCCCUCCCGACGCCUCCACUUCCCCCUCCCGUCGCCUCAGCUUCCCCCUCCUGUCGCCUCCACUUCCCCCUCCUGUCGCCUCCUCUUCCACCCUCCUUUUGUCUUCACAACCCCGUCCCUUCGACUUCACUUACCCCUCCCGUCCCCCCAACUUCUCCCCCCCCCCCCCCGCCCCCGUCGCCCCCGCUCCCCCCCCCCCCCCCCCCCGUCGCCUCCACUUCCCCCUCCCGUAGCCUUCACAUCCUGCUCACUCUCUUCACCCCAUUUUCCCCCUUAUCGCUCUCUUUCCCCCUCUGCUCACUCCUUUUUUCCCAGCUCACUCCCAUGCCCACUCUCGCCACCCAGAUCACUCUCUUUCCCCCUUUGCUCACCCCCUUCUCCACCCUGCUCACUCUCUUUCCCCCACUAAAACCCCCCCUUUUCCCCACUCCUACCCUCCCUUCCCCCCACUCCUACCCUCCCUUUCCCCCACUCCUACCCUCCCUUUCCCCCACUCCUACCCUCCAUUUUCCCCACUCCUACCCACCCUUUCCCCCACUCCUACCCUCCCUUUCCCCCACUCCUACCCUCCCUUUCCCCACUCCUACCAUCCCUUUCCCCCACUCCUACCCUCCCUUUCCCCCACUCUUACCCUCCCUUUCCCCCACUCCUACCCUCCCUUUCCCCCACUCCUACCCUCCCUUUCCCCCACUCCUACCCUCCCUUUCCCCCACUCCUACCCUCCCUUCCCCCUACUACCCCUGA